CACACAGGUGUGUCAGUCAAACGUGUAUGGUGAAAAAUGACAUGAAUAAUGUGACCCGUGACUAAAUUUAAGAUUUGUCAGGCGAUCGGACGUUUCAAUAAAUUUGAAAUGGGAGCAGAAAAUAGCAUUUUAGAGAACUGUAAAUGGGGUGACGUUAUCCCGACAUCCUCGGAGACGGACUGGAGUUUACGUCUCGCAUCCUUGAAAGAUGAAUCGACUGUCACUGUGUUUCGACACAAACGGAAGGACAGAAAAGAAGUGGAUUUGCUACAGAGAGCAACAAAAAACCUACGGACACUACGGCACCCGAAUCUUCUUCGUUUCAUUGCAUCUGGCGUGAACUCAGAUGGCUCAUACCUGGUCACCGAGCGAGUCCAGCCCCUGGAAAACACACUGACCUCGCUGCACCCACUUGAGAUAUGUGCUGGACUCCACAGUGUCCUCGAGGCGCUGCUCUUCCUACACGACACAGUGGGCGUGAGUCAUAACAACGUGUGCCUCUCCUCGGUGUAUGUGACGACCGACGGCACGUGGAGGCUCGGCGGACUUGAACAUUCCUGCAAGUUCCAGGAAGCCACUGCAGAGUUUCUGGACAAGUGUCUUGCUUUCCGGAAUGAGGACACAGUGUCCCCCGAGGAAAAGCAAGGGGUAGUCAAGGCAACAGAGGAGUAUGGCCAUGCUAGAGAUGUGUUUGCCUUUGGUGUGCUGGCAGAACAGCUGCAGGAAGGACUGGAGGACUUAGGAGAUCUAACAAAGACGUUUGAGUUACUUGUCCAGGACGAAUGUUUAAACGUUGACCCAGAACAGAGGCCUCGAGUACAGUCACUUCUAAAUGACAGAAUGUUUAGACAUGAUUUCAUCGAUGUUUUAAGAUUUGUGAAAAAUGUGACAACCAAGUCUGAAGAAGAAAAGAAGAAAUUCUUCAGCAAUGUGACGGCCAGGCUUCUCUCCCUCCCAGAGGAGUUGGUGGCCAAGCGUCUGACGGUGCCGCUCUUGUCCCGCUUUGUCAUGCUGGAUGAUACUGCCAAUAAGGCUCUGCUGGCCAAUUUACUUACACCUUACAGAGAGAAAUCUCGUCCUCCAGUCCGCAUCAAUCAAACCUCCCCGAUCCUGUGUGCUCAACUCUUCAAGGAUCAUGUGAUUCCAGAACUAUUUCGUAUAUUCCACAUCCGAGAUGCUCACAUCCGACUGGUCCUACUCACUCACUUCGCCGCCUAUGUUGACCUGUUUGAAAAGGAAACGCUGGAGGAAACAGUCUUUCCUCAGCUUCUCCUCGGUCUCCGAGACACAAACGACAACAUCGUGGCAGCAAGUUUACAUGGUCUUUCCUUCCUUGUGCCAAUACUGGGAGGGGACAUCAUUAUUGGCGGCGCCAGGAAGAAGUUCUUCACAGAGGGAAUGCCCAAGAUGUCAGAGGUAAAGUUUGGGCAGCAUGAUAGCGAGGAUGGGAAGAACAGGAAGUUGCAGAAUGUCACUGGCAUUAUGGGUAAAAAGAUGUUGCUCAAGGAUCUGGCACAACUAAGCAGCAGUAAUGGAGCUGUGAUCUCAGGGAAUGAAGAGAAGGAGGCAAAAAGAAAGGAACGAGAGAAAAGGAGAGAGGAAGCUCGUCAACGGAGAGAAGAGCGAAAGAAGAAGCAAAGAGAACAAGAGGAAAUUGAAAACAAUAAAAACGCUGUAUCUGAAGAGGCUCAAAUUGUUGGUGAUGUGGAUGGUGUUGAAGUAGAAGGAGACACAUGUGACAAUGAGACAUAUGAGGAAGUCAAGGUCAGUGAUAUGGAUGUCAAGGUUACUAGUGGUGAGCAGAAUGGAGAGGAGAAAUCUGAUUGGUCAGAUUGGGAGAAUAAUCGAAAUGAUACUAAUGACAAUGUCAACCAAUCAGAUUCAACACUUGAUGAAGACAAAUUGAGUGACGAAAUAGAAAACGAACUGCGAAGUAUGCCAAGCACUGUGUCGUUUUCUCCCAAACCAAGUGAUACAAGCUCAACCUUUCCUUCUCCGAAUGUUGACUGGUCAGACACAGUAGGAAGUAUGAGUGAUAGUUCAAAACCUGAUGCCAGACAUGGCAGGACAAAAGGUGCUUUAAAGCUCGGCGGUCAGUCGAAGCCUAAGAAGUCAGGUGAUAAAGAAACCACUACUGUGCACGUAGAGACAGAACUGUCGGACUGGGGACAGACAUGGGACAAUGUAGACUCCGUUACAGAACAGACGGACAACUCCACGUCCAGCACCAAACACUCUUCCACAAAACAACACUCUUCCACACUGAAGCCUGUGAUGAAACCAACCAUUCCAAAACCUCAGUCUGACCUCGGGGCCGAGUUUGAUAUCAAAGGAAUCAAGGUACAGGCAUCUACAACAACUGAUGUAGACUUUUUCUCCGACAUGAUGCCUGACAUCACGGUGACCCACAAGGACCCGCUCAGUGAGUUGUCUGGUCGGGGCAAGUCCGAGAACAGAGAAACGGCUCAAGACAGUCCCAAGAAAGAAUCCACAAAGUCAUUGUCUUUUGCUGUGGUCCCUGAAGCUUCAGAAUCUGUGACUGAGGCAGAUGGCGGCGGUUGGGGAGAUGACCUUGACUGGGGCGCUGAAGACUUCUGAUGUCACGGCCAUGAAGUAUAAGGAUCCACAGUUGCCAUAGUUACAGUAACCAUGUGACAAUCAUAUUCAUGCAUCAUGUAUAUAGUUAUUUCUGCCUGUUCCACACAUUCCAUAGUCAUCCUGGUGGGCUGGGUCAUUUUAUCAUGAAAGCAGUAGUAACAGUUGCCAUGGUAACAGCUCUCUCACUAUUUACUCUGUUUCACUGGUUACUUUGAACAAUGUGGUUUCUAUAGAGCUGCAACAUUACUGAAACCAAAUUUCCACAAUAUCUGACUGAUUAUGCAAUAAAUUGAGAUUCUCUGUGAUACAUGUAGUCCACACAAUAUUUUAAUCCAGUUUUUUGUCAUGAUAAAUCUUCUCCUUUAAAUGGAUGCUCUCAUCUAAAACUUAGUUUUUAUAGUAAUUGAGCUGUUGUUAUCUAUAAAAAAUUAGGUCUAUAUUUUCUGCUACUUCCUGAUGUAAGAUAAUGUGUAAUCAUGGAUUGUUAGAAAUAAAUGGAUCUGUUCUUUCAAAUCAAGACAUUAUUCAUAGAAUAAUCAUGAAACAAUGAUCUUUCCCUUCUUAUAAAGUCAUAUGGCAGCCCUCCAAGUAGCAACCAGUUUGGUUGCCUGUGCAAACUAAAUUACCAUUUAUUGCUUGGUUGCCAGAUGGCUUCCACUAAUAAGAUUAGCUGGGCGACUAAGAUAUUUCACAUAUUGAAAGAAUCUGGAGAAGAACAUUGCUUGUCUGUAUCGACAUCAUCACUUCACUGUUUAGGGUGUAGUGUAACUCCUUACAGAGAUACAGAAGUCUAUCUUGCCUGUAAUGAUACAAGGUCAUGUAUUUCUGGUCAUGUGCAAUUUCACAAUGGUGGCAUGUUUGACAUGUUUUGAAGAGUCAUCUCUACAUGCUCUUAGCCAAACUCGAGGCACGGGUGGCCCAGUCACCUAAGGCACCGCGAUUCGCUGUGCAGAGUUGCGUCCCUUGAGCACGGCAGAGACAUAAGACAGUGGUUUGGAAUCCCGGUUCGCCCUCGAUUAUGUUUCUAGGUUUGUCAGCACCAUACUCGUGCUUGUGGGUUUCACCGAAGUGGUAAACGCCUGAGACCUGCAUCACUUUGAGCUUUCUUCACAUAUCAGGGAGGCCUUUUGCCUUUUCUCCUGGACACUUGUCAAAGGACAAGCAGUUAGCUGACCAAGGACUAUUGUGUAAGUAAGAUGUUUUUCGCUACUGUGUUAGGUGUAUUUCUAUAGUUUGCAUAUUGGGGAUACCAUAGGCACAAGAAAUGUAUAUGCACUUCUAGCAAUUGAAUAUUUAUUAUUCUUUUUCUAUUUAUUGUGUUUUAUUACAUUCGCAGCUGACAAAAGUAAGGCUUAAAAAAUAAAAGAAUUGCUUCUCAGGCAAUGGCUUUUGAAAAUAUAGUGCGUUCGGGCACUAGUUUUUUUUUGU